AUGCAGAGGACUGAUGCAGAGGACAGUACAGAGACUGAUGUAGAGGACAGUACAGAGACUGAUGCAGAGGACAGUACAGAGACUGAUGUAGAGGACAGUACAGAGACUGAUUCCAAGUGGCCCGGUUCCAUCAAGCCCGGUUCCAUCAAGCCCGGUUCCAUCAAGCUCGGUUCCAUCGAGCCCGGGUCCAUCAAGCCCGGUUCCAUCAAGCCCGGUUCCAUCAAGCCCGGUUCCAUCAAGCCCGGGUCCAUCAAGCCCGGUUCCAUCAAGCCCGGGUCCAUCAAGCCCGGUUCCAUCAAGCCCGGUUCCAUCAAGCCCGGUUCCAUCAAGCCCGGGUCCAUCAAGCCCGGUUCCAUCAAGCCCGGGUCCAUCAAGCCCGGUUCCAUCAAGCCCGGUUCCAUCAAGCCCGGUUCCAUCAAGCCCGGGUCCAUCAAGCCCGGUUCCAUCAAGCCCGGGUCCAUCAAGCCCGGUUCCAUCAAGCCCGGUUCCAUCAAGCCCGGUUCCAUCGAGCCCGGGUCCAUCAAGCCCGGUUCCAUCAAGCCCGGUUCCAUCAAGCCCGGUUCCAUCAAGCCCGGGUCCAUCAAGCCCGGUUCCAUCAAGCCCGGGUCCAUCAAGCCCGGUUCCAUCAAGCCCGGUUCCAUCAAGCCCGGUUCCAUCAAGCCCGGUUCCAUCAAGCCCGGGUCCAUCAAGCCCGGUUCCAUCAAGCCCGGGUCCAUCAAGCCCGGUUCCAUCAAGCCCGGUUCCAUCAAGCCCGGGUCCAUCAAGCCCGGUUCCAUCAAGCCCGGGUCCAUCAAGCCCGGUUCCAUCAAGCCCGGGUCCAUCAAGCCCGGUUCCAUCAAGCCCAGACAGUUCUACGGAUACCCACGAGACGAGAUCAUUUACAAGUGGAAGAGGAAGUCUGUGGAGACCUCGGACCAGAAGUACUGGAGACUUUACCAGUUUGACUUCAUGGGUCUGAGGAACACCACGGGCGUGCAGACCACCACCUCAGCGAUGGGAGCCGAGGAGCCAGAGGAGAGACCUGGACCCAGACUCAAGACCUCCAGGGAUGUGCACUUCCGUGUUCUUCCUGAUCGAUACGAGCCUCUGGAGGAGGAGCACGACAAAGAGGAGGCUGAUGAAGAGGAAGAGCAGAGGAGGAGGAGGAAAGAGGAGAAAAAACACAAGAAGAAAAUGAGAUACAAGAAAUACAGGAAGAACGUGGGUAAAGCUCUGCGCUUCAGUUGGCGUUGUCUGAUCUCCGGGUUACAGAGUAUGGUUCCUGUUUACACUGGACCUGUCGCCGUGGUGACUACAAUGAACCAUCGAUGA